GGAUAAGACAGCAUAUUUGAGGGACAGAGGGAGAGAUUGAGUGGCGUGGGCUUCUAAUCACUACGUCAUUCUGAGUGGCCCUCCCUUCUCACCAUACCAUACCACUUCAACUACCUCUUCUACUUGGUUGGGACUCAGAGAGAGAGAGAGAGAGAGAGAGCAACAUAGCUAAACUCCAACUAAUAUUUCUGCUUACUAUUGUAGAAAGUGAAAGAACGCACGAACUCUCUCUCUCACUCACACCCUUAAUCUCCAUUUCUUCAUACUACAAUUUCUUUCACAUGCUUCCUUGCCCUGCGUGUUGGCUCAUUUUGUGUGGUGGGGUUUUGAUUUUUAGGCACGUGAAAGAGGAGGAAGAGUUGUACUAGUUCUGUAAACUGUUUUGAAUAUGAAGGGUCUGAUUCAUGGUCAUGCGUGUUCCUCUUCUCCUUAUUCUUCAUCUUCGUCCACAUUUCUUCGUCCUCCAUGCCUCACCUCUACCUCUAGCAAUUGCAAAUUCCCACUGCAGUUGCCACAGGCAAUGUGUUCCUCCCAAAGAAUAUAUCGUUGCUCGGGGGUUCAUAUGGAGGCUUGUCAUAAUUCUUAUCUUUCAAAAAAUCACAUAGUUGCAAGAUUUUCUUGGGGAUCGUCUGAAAUACAAUCUUUGUUUUCUAAGCAAUCUCUGAACAAGCAUUUACUGCCAUUGGGGGCACUAGUGACCUCACAAACUCAACUUGAUGUCUCCAAUGUGCCUAUUGUUGACGAAGAUAAGAUAGGAGUCUUGUUGCUCAACCUUGGAGGUCCAGAGACUCUUGAUGAUGUGCAGCCUUUCUUGUUUAACCUUUUUGCUGACCCGGAUAUUAUACGAUUACCACGGUUGUUUCGUUUUCUUCAAAAGCCCUUGGCACAAUUUAUAUCCGUUCUCAGGGCUCCCAAGAGCAAAGAAGGCUAUGCAUCAAUUGGCGGUGGCUCUCCUCUUCGACAGAUAACUGAUGCACAGGCUGAAGAGCUGAUGAAGUUCCUUUGGGAAAAGAAUGUCCCGGCUAAGGUGUAUGUUGGUAUGCGUUACUGGCAUCCAUUCACCGAAGAAGCAAUUGAACAGAUAAAAAGAGAUAGAAUUACAAAGCUUGUUGUCCUUCCGCUUUAUCCACAAUUUUCAAUAUCCACAAGCGGUUCAAGCCUUCGACUAUUGGAGAGUAUAUUCAGGGAGGAUGAAUAUUUAGUCAACAUGCAGCACACAGUAAUACCUUCCUGGUACCAGCGCGAAGGGUACAUAAAGGCCAUGGCAAAAUUGAUUGAAAAUGAGUUAAAGAAAUUUGGUUCUCCUGAAGAGGUUAUGAUAUUCUUUAGUGCGCAUGGGGUGCCACUUGCAUAUGUGGAAGAGGCUGGUGAUCCAUACAAGGCAGAGAUGGAGGAAUGUGUGGAUUUGAUAAUGGAAGAAUUAGAAAAGAGAAAGAUAACUAAUAGUUACACUCUUGCUUAUCAGAGUAGAGUUGGACCUGUGGAAUGGUUGAAACCCUAUACAGAUGAGACAAUAAUUGAGCUUGGGCAAAAAGGAGUGAAAAGUUUGUUGGCUGUCCCAAUUAGCUUUGUCAGUGAGCACAUUGAAACUCUUGAAGAAAUUGAUGUCGAGUAUAAAGAAUUAGCUCUAAAGUCUGGUAUAGAAAAAUGGGGGCGGGUUCCUGCCCUAGGAUGCGAACCAACCUUCAUUUCAGAUUUGGCAGAUGCUGUGAUUGAGAGUCUCCCUUAUGUUGGAGCUAUGGCGGUCUCAAACCUUGAAGCUCGGCAGUCUUUGGUUCCCCUAGGCAGUGUUGAAGAAUUAUUGGCAGCGUAUGAUUCACAACGCAGGGAGUUACCACCACCUGUUACAAUGUGGGAAUGGGGUUGGACGAAAAGUGCAGAAACUUGGAAUGGAAGGGCAGCUAUGCUGGCAGUGCUUGUUCUGUUGGUCCUGGAAGUCACCACUGGAGAGGGUUUUCUACACCAAUGGGGCAUAUUGCCUUUGUUUCGGUGAAUAUCUUUGCCUCUCUAUCUAUCUUAACCCUCGAGAAAUUAGUGAAGCUACAUGUAAGUUUUGUUUAUGCAUACUCUUAGCGUCUUAAAUACAUGUAUUGAGGCAUUAUUAUGCAUGUCACACAAGAUCAAAUUCGGGUAAGUCUAGUCACAACACUGAUGUGGGUGAAAAGUAAAAAAUAUGUAUAAUAGUGGUUUUUAUUUUUAUACCUGAAUUUAUGUUGUAAAGUUUUGUAUUUUGUAUUUUGUAUUUUGUUUGUUGGUUUCCAUUGUUUGGAACUGGCCAUAUAAUUGUUCGUUGACUAACAUUUUGUAAUUUGAAAUUAGUUAACAAUAUUCUUUGCAA